UGCCUCUCUGGUCGUAUUUCAGGAAUCCCGAUGGGAGACCCCAUUGUCAUGGUCAGCAUCUAUCCCACCUUUCCUGAGAAACCUUCCCAGCUUUCAUCUGGGGAGUUCAUUUUCCUGAUGGAUUGUUCCGGAAGUAUGGCCGGCCCAAUGUCUGAGGACUAUUCGAGCGGUGGGCCCACCCGUGUCCAAAGUGCUCAGGGGACGUUACUCCUUCUCCUGAAGAGCUUGCCCUUGGGAUGUGACUUCAACAUCUACAGAUUCGGGAGCAGCUUUAAUUCCUUCUUCCCUGAGAGCGUCGAGUACAAUCAGCAGUCAAUGAAGACUGCCCUGGCGAUGUUGGAUGGUAUGUCGGCAGACAUGGGCGGCACAGAGAUCCUCGAACCCCUCCGUGCCAUUUACAGCAAGCCUUGUAAGGCAUCCCACCCACGGCAGCUCUUCGUUUUUACUGACGGAGAGGUGUCCAACACCAAGAUGGUGAUUGACGAGGUUCAGAAGAACGCCCACAAUCACAGGUGCUUCUCCUUCGGGAUCGGGCAGGGGGCCUCGACACAGCUGAUCAAAGGCAUCGCCAAGGUGGCCUCCGGGAACGCUGAGUUCAUCACCGGCAAGGAGAGGAUGCAGCCAAAG